AUGCCUCGACGCGACUUACCGCGAGAGGAGCCUGUGGGCGGGCACCGGAACGUGGGAUUCUUUCGUCCCGGUAUCGUUCCUUGCACGCGCGACCUUUGCGGAAGCAUGAGUGUGGAUUGGAUUGGCUAUGGUUAUGCUGCAUUGGUCGCCUCCGGUGGAAUAGCUGGCUAUGUAAAAGCAGCUAGUGUCCCUUCCUUAGCUGCUGGUCUCCUCUGUGGUGGGUUAGCAGGAUUGGGUGCUUAUCAGCAAUCAACGGAUCCAAAGAAUAUUUGGCUUUCUCUGUCUGCAUCUGGAACCCUGACUGUCCUGAUGGGAAUGAGAUACUAUAACUCUAGGAAAUUUAUGCCUGCAGGGUUAAUUGCUGGUGCCAGUCUAUUAAUGGUAGGCAAACUUGGACUACAGAUGUUGGAAAAACCUCUUUAGCCAUAAUUGCAACAACAUAAGUGCAACAGCAAGCAGAAAGAGGCCUACAGAGACAAUGCCUAUUCAGAACAAAACUGAAGACAAAAUGCUUUUUAAAAUUGUACAAUUUGCAAAGUUUUUAAACUUCAAAAUCUGCUCAGUUUUGUAAAGAGUCAGUCAUUACAUGUAUGCAUUUCUUGUCAUAACCCCAAACGUUUUAUGAUGAUGAACAUGAGAAAUGCGGUAAACAGUGCUGCUAAUACCUUGUAGGAAAUACACUUAAUUUUGUGUUAUCAUAUUUCCAAGCUGAAGUUCAUCUCUGUGUAUAUCUGUAUGUAAGGUGUUCCACUCAAAACAAAAAUUAUUAAAUGUCUAAAAGCCUUUUGAA